AAACAACGCCCCUUUCUCUUUCCUCUUCUCUUCCCCUCCUCCUCCACCUCCCCCACCCUUUUUGUUUUCUUUUUCUUUUUUCUUUUCCUUUUUUUAUCGCUUCGCUUUCGUUCUUGCUCGCCGGCUUGCCGGCCGUGCGGCGGGAUCCGAUCUCCGGCUUGGAUCCAGUGUUGGUUACCCUGACGGUUGGCAUUAUUGGAAGGAAGGGCUGGAGCAAUGUCGACGGAGGAUGAGAAGCUGUUGAAAGAGGCGAAGAAGCUCCCUUGGGAUGAACGGCUUACGCAUAAGAACUGGAAGGUGAGGAACGACGCCAACAUCGAUCUUGCCGCUGUCUGUGACUCCAUCACCGAUCCUAAAGACCCCCGCCUCCGUGACUUUGGGCCUUUGUUCAGGAAGACGGUUGCGGAUUCGAACGCACCCGUGCAGGAGAAGGCGCUUGACGCGCUGAUUGCGUUUUUAAGAGCGGCAGAUGCUGAUGCUGGGAGGUACGCAAAGGAAACCUGUGAUGCCAUUGUCGCAAAGUGCCUUACAGGACGUCCUAAGACAGUGGAGAAAUCUCAGGCUGUAUUUAUGCUAUGGGUGGAGUUGGAGGCGGUUGAUGUUUUCUUGGAAGCUAUGGAGAAGGCAAUUAAAAAUAAAGUUGCGAAAGCAGUCGUUCCAGCUAUAGAUGUCAUGUUUCAAGCUCUUAGUGAAUUUGGAGCAAAGGUCAUCCCUCCCAAGAAGAUUUUGAAAAUGUUACCUGAACUUUUUGAUCACCAAGACCAAAAUGUCCGUGCUUCUUCUAAAGGACUUACACUUGAAUUAUGUCGCUGGAUAGGGAAGGAUCCGGUAAAAUCCAUUUUGUUUGAGAAAAUGCGGGAUACUAUGAAAAAAGAGCUCGAGGCUGAGCUUGCUAACGUUACAGGAACUGCAAGGCCAACCCGCAAAAUAAGGUCUGAACAAGACAAGGAGCCGGAACAAGAAGUCAUCUCUGAAACUGCAGGUACUGGUGCUUCUGAAGAUUCUGUACUUGAAGCCCCUCAGGAAAUAGAUGAAUACGAGCUUGUGGAUCCAGUUGACAUACUGACUCCUUUGGAUAAGUCCGGAUUUUGGGAUGGCGUGAAAGCUACUAAAUGGUCUGAAAGGAGGGAUGCAGUUGCAGAGCUCACUAAGCUUGCUUCGACUAAAAGAAUUGCUCCUGGUGAUUUUACUGAAAUUUGCCGUACUCUUAAGAAGCUUGUUACCGAUGUAAACCUUGCUGUUUCUGUGGAAGCCAUUCAAGCAAUUGGAAAUUUAGGCAGGGGCCUAAGAAAUCAUUUUUCUGGAAGCUCGCGUUUUUUAUUACCUGUACUUCUUGAAAAGUUGAAGGAGAAAAAGCCAACUGUGACUGAGGCUCUUAUGCAGACUCUUCAAGCAUUGUACAAGGCUGGAUGCCUUUCUCUUGUUGAUGUUGUUGAAGAUAUUAAGGUGGCUGUGAAAAACAAGGUUCCACUUGUGCGAUCAUUAACCUUAAAUUGGGUCACGUUUUGUACAGAGACAAGUAACAGAGCAGCUGUUCUUAAGUUGCAUAAGGAUUAUGUUCCUAUUUGCAUGGAGUGCCUGAAUGAUGGUACCCCAGAAGUAAGAGAUGCAGCUUUUGCUGUUUUAGCUGCGAUAGCUAAGAUGGUUGGUAUGAAGCCUUUAGAAAGGUCACUAGAAAAACUUGAUGAUGUGAGAAAGAAGAAACUGUCAGAAAUGAUUGGGAAUUCAAGUGGUGGCAUGGUGUCUGUGGCGGGAUCAGUUUCAACGUCAAGUGGAGGUGUUUCUGGACAUGAGGUUGCUGACAGUGCCUUUGUUCGAAGAUCUGCAGCUAGUAUGCUUAGUGGGAAGAAGCCUGUUCAGGCUGCUCCGACCGCUAAAAAGGGUGGCCCUGCCAAACCGAGUGUUGUAAAGAAAGCUGAAGGUUCUGGGCAACUGAAGACAUCAGUCUCUGUUGAGAGUGAAGAUGUGGAGAUCUCUAUCUUCUCCAAAACAGUAGUUUCUAUUCUUAUGAUAGAUGGAGAAUGCAGCUACUUGUCUGGUUUUACAUGCUGUCUCAAAGAUUUGGAGGCUGAUCUUAUGAAAUAUUUCAGAGAAGAUCUGCAUAGACGGCUUCUUAGCACUGACUUUAAGAAGCAAGUAGAUGGACUAGAGUUGCUACAGAAGGCUCUGCCGACAAAUAUUAAGGAAUUGAUUGAGCUUCUUGAUGUACUCUUGAGGUGGUUUGUGUUACGGUUCUGUGAAUCUAACACGACAUGCUUGCUGAAGGUGCUGGAAUUUCUUCCUGAACUUGUCGAUACUUUGAAAGAUGAAGGUUAUACUCUCACUGAGUCAGAAGCUGCAACUUUUCUGCCAUGCCUUGUAGAAAAGUCUGGGCAUAACAUUGAAAAAGUGCGGGAGAAAAUGCGUGAACUUAUGAAGCAAAUUGUCCACAUAUAUUCUGCAUCAAAGCUCCUUCCAUAUGUUUUGGAGGGUUUACGUUCAAAGAAUAAUCGAAGUCGAAUAGAAUGUGUUGAUUUUGUUGGCUACUUAAUUGAUUAUUAUGGAGCUGAGAUCACGGGACAGUUGAAAUCUUUGCAACUUGUUGCUGGUUUGACAUCAGAACGUGAUGGUGAUUUAAGGAAAGCUGCUCUAAAUACAUUGGCCACUGCAUACAAAAGUCUCGGAGAAGAUAUUUGGAGAUAUGUUGGAAAGUUAACAGACGCGCAGAAAAGUAUGCUUGAUGAUAGAUUCAAAUGGAAGGCACGGGAAAUGGAUAAGAGGAAAGAAGGGAAGCCUGGUGAGGGCAGAGGUGCUUUAAGGAGAUCUGUCAGAGAAAAUGGAAUGGACGUAGCAGAACAGAGUGGAGAACUGCUAUCACGUUCUCUAGCUGCUCCGAUGGUUAUGAGAGUGAAUCCUGGUUAUGGUGAAUCUAAUGUGGAAAGGCAUGUCUUACCCCGAAUGUUGAUCACUGCAAAUGGACCGACAGAUUGGCACGAAGCUCUUGAUGUCAUCUCAAUGGGUUCACCUGAGCAGUCAGUUGAAGGUAUGAAAGUGAUCUGCCAUGAGCUGACACAAGCCACAACUGAUCCUGAGAACAGUGUCAUUGAAGAUCUUGCAAAAGAGGCUGACAGGCUUGUUGAAUGCCUUGCAGCUAUGGUGCCCAAGACCUUCAACUUUAGCCUUUCAGGAGCUUCUUCUAGAUCUUGUAAAUAUGUUUUGAACACCCUUAUGCAGACAUUCCAGAUCAAGCGAUUGGGUCAUGCUGUGAAGGAGAGUACUCUAGAUAACUUGAUAACCGAACUUCUACUAUGGCUUCUAGAUGAAAGAGUCCCUUUAAUGGAUGAUGGGAGUCAACUUCUGAAAGCAUUGAAUGUGUUGAUGCUUAAAAUUCUGGACAACGCAGAAAGGACAUCAUCUUUUGUUGUAUUGAUAAACUUAUUGAGGCCCUUGGACCCCUCAAGGUGGCCAUCACCUGCUUCAAAUGAGGCCUUCAUCACUAGGAAUCAAAAGUUUUCAGAUCUUGUUGUUAAAUGUCUGAUCAAACUCACCAAGGUCCUUCAGAGCACAAUUUACGAUGUUGAUCUUGAUCGUAUUCUUCAAAGUAUUCAUGUAUAUUUGCAAGAGUUGGGGAUGGAAGAGAUUAGGAGAAGGGCUGGGGCUGAUGACAAGCCACUGCGAAUGGUAAAAACAGUUCUGCAUGAACUCGUCAAAUUACGGGGGACUGCAAUAAAGGGCCACCUGUCCAUGGUCCCGAUAGACAUGGAACCUCAGCCUAUUAUUCUUGCCUACAUUGACCUAAAUCUUCAGACUCUUGCUGCUGCUCGAAUGCUGACACCUUCUGGUCCCAUUGGACAAACUCAUUGGGGGGAUUCUGCUUCAAACAGCCCAAAUACGACAUCCCAUUCAGCAGAUGCUCAAUUGAAGCAAGAGCUGGCUGCUGUAUUCAAGAAAAUUGGUGAUAAGCAGACAUGCACAAUUGGUUUGUAUGAGCUAUACCGUAUCACCCAGUUAUACCCUAAGGUCGAUAUCUUUGCUCAACUCCAGAAUGCGAGUGAGGCAUUCAGAACCUAUAUAAGGGAUGGCCUAGCUCAGAUGGAAAAGAAUGCAGCUGCUGGGAGAACUCCUUCAAGCCUCCCUAUGUCGACUCCUCCUCCUUUAACUUUAACUACUAGUCCAAAAUUUGCACCUCUUUCACCAGUACAUACAAAAUCUCUGAAUGUAAAACCUGAAAACAUGAGUAGCAAUUUGCUGCCAUCCUAUAUGGAAGACGACGGAACUGGCGGUAUGGCCUUCAGAGGCCCAAUUGAUUCUUCUGAUUUUAGGCAGUUGGGGGAUGAUCGGCAUGAUAGAUACCCAUCUGGAGCUCCAGCAAUUACACCUGGAACAUUGGAUGCUAUUAGAGAACGGAUGAAAUCCAUUCAAGCAGCAGCAGCUGCGGGGAAUUUGGAUGCUGGAUCCCGAUCAUUAGCAUUUGUUAAUGGUAGUGUACCUCAUGGAAUGGUGGACCGCAUUGAUGCUGAGCCUCCUGUGCACACAAAUGUCCUACCCAUGGAUGAGAAGGCAUUAUCUGGAUUGCAAGCCCGGAUGGAGAGGCUAAAAAGUGGUUCACUUGAGCCGCUUUAGAAUGAAGAUAUGAUGGGUUAUUGAAAUUGAUAACCUUACAGAUUAUUGUAUACGGAAAGUUAGCAAGAGCAAGAGCAAGAGCGAUACAGAAAGAAGAGCGGGAGGUGUGCGUAGUAGCGAAGCGAUAAAUGAAUUUUAGAACACCAUUAAAUUAGAGUUUUGAAAAAAAAAAGUCAUGCCUGCUAUAUUGAUGUAUCUCAAUCAGUUUGUUUCAGGUGGGGUGGCUUUGUUUAGGAAUGAGAUCAACCAGGCUGUGCUUGUCAUAUUAUUUCCACCAUUUAUGUAUUAUGAUGUUACAAGUGAAUCCUGACACAAUUCUUUUGCUAAAGAUUUUUCUUUUUAUC